AUGGCACCAAGUUUAUCAAAUUCUACACCAGUCGAAUUCAAAUUAGUUCAAUUAACAGAUCAAGAUCAUAUAAAUUUCACAAGAUGUAAGAAUGGUCAAACCUGGAAGGGAGAUCUCUCAGUUGAUGAUUAUAUAUUAAGAGAACACACCCUUGGAAAAUCAAAACUUAUCAAUGAUAACCUUUUGGUAUAUAUGCUUCAAGAUCAGAAUAAAAUUCCAUUAUGUUCAGUAGAAAUCCUUAUCAGACCCGGAUGGAAAUUUGAAUAUAAUAAUGGUGAAGCUGAUGUUUUGGAAGUCAAAUGUGGGACCAUUGGUUCUGUUUUCACGUAUCCGGAGAAUAGAGGUAAAGGAUACAGUCGAAUCAUGAUCGAUAAAUUAGUAAGAUUAUGUAAAGAAGAUAUAAUUGGUCAAGAGGGUUUUACUUUUUUAUAUUCUGAAAUUGGAGAAUAUUAUACUAAACAUGGAUUUAAAAGUUAUCCAGUAGAUACAUUAUCAAUACCUUUAAAAGACCAAGAUUUAUCUCCAAUCGAAGCUAGUUAUGAAUUUAUUCCAUAUCAUCAAUUUGAACCAUUAAUGUCUAAAUACAAUGAAAAGCUCAAAUCUGAAAUUAUUGAAAAAGUUAAAAAGGAUCAUAAGACUCGUGUUUCAAUCAUACCCGAUUCUCAUAUAAUUGAUUGGUUUCAUCUUAGAGCUAAGUAUUUAAGUUAUAAAUUGUACCAUGAGAAAUCCAAGACUGAUAGGAUUGAUUUUUAUAAUGAGGAUUAUCAAAGUAUAAUCUCCAAGCUUGAAAAUGAGGAACCAAAUGUGUAUGGGAUUAAAAUGGAAGACGAUACUGGUUUUAUUAUAUGGACGGUAGAUUUCAAGGAUGAUUCAAAUUCAGUAACUAUUUUAAAAUGUGUUAGUUUUGAAAAUGAUGAUAGUGUAGUUUUGAAAUUAUUACAUUUGCUUAAGAAUCAUAUAUCAAAACGACCAAUACUCGGACAAGAGACAACAAAGAUUACAUUAUGGGAAAGUGAAGUGUCUUUAUCCUGUAUUGAUUUGAUUAAGUCACAGUUUGUCGGUGUCUCCAUUGCUGAUAAUUCUUCGAGAUCUGCAAUUAUGAUAAACAAUGAUAAACAAGAUAAAUUACUCAAGAAUGAUGAUAUUAUAUGGGAAGAGAAUACUAAAUUACCAUGGUUUUAA